AUGCUACCACGACGCGGCAUGGCUGAUCAGAGUGAGCCUGCGCUUGCCUCUAGCGAAGCCGCUGCUGAAGAGGGUGAAGAACAACCGAUGGCCAACGUUGAAGAUCGAAAGGAUGCGGAUCCUCCCGAAGGAAAAUCAACCGAGGACAAGGGCCGCAUGGACAGCAGGGUAGUGGUGGAUCCAUCCGCGGGAGAAGUCGAUGGCACAGAGGAUAAUGUCGCCGCUGACGUGAUUCCCCUUCCUAAGCGAAAAUCCCAUCGACAGUCCUUGGAGGUGGUCAAGGUCAAGGUGAACUCCUUCUACGAUAGGGCUUCCUUCAAACGAGAGCUGCAGCACGGAGAGCUGGCACGGAACAACAUCGCUCCUCACCACUCCUUCGGGUUGGACGCAGCAAGACCAGAUAACCUCAGGUACAUCGAGCCGGGCAAGGUGAUGUACGCCGCUGGUAAUACCCUGGUGAUCCUUGAGGUGUCCACCAUGAAGCGGCGAGUCAUCUUCGGGCUGGACGGUGGCGGGGUGGGUUGUUUCGCUGUGCACCCGACUGGUACGCUGGUUGCGGUCGGAGACAAGGGGUCGAUGCCUAACAUCUACGUGUACGAGUACCCCAGCUUCAAAAUAGCCAAGGUGCUGCGGAAGGGAACCGAGCGAGGGUACUGCGCUAUGGACUUUACCACCACCGGAGAGAAGCUGGCUAGCGUGGGGCAGGCCCCUGACUUCAUGCUCACAGUUUGGGACUGGAUCAACGAGAAGGUCAUCCUUCAUUGCAAGGCCUUUGGACAAGAUGUUGCCAAGGUUUCGUUUUCCCCGGACGAUGAGGGCCGUUUGACCACGUCAGGCACGGGACACAUCCGCUUCUGGAGAGUAGCAAACACGUUUACAGGCCUCAAGCUGCAGGGGGAGAUCGGCAAGUUCGGUAAGGUCGAAAUGACGGACAUCGACUGCUUUUGCCACAUGCCGGACGGGAAAGUGGUCUCCGGGGCGGAGUCCGGCUGUCUGCUGAUAUGGGAAGGGCAGUUCAUCAAGUGCCAGGUCGUGCGGCCUGGGAAGACGGGCUGCCACGACGGUCCAGUCUUGCACGUGUCCCUUGACCGAACCGACAUGCUCGUCGUCACGGCCGGUGCCGACGGGUACGUGCGCUGGUGGCCGUUCGCCGAUAUCGACAGGGCGGAUGCGGACGAUGACUCUAUGUGCUGCGAGGUUUCCCCGGUGCGGGAGCUUUUCAUCGGCGAGGGCGUCAACGCGCGUUGCGUCGAGCGCGGCGGCGUUCGAGAUGACCCCAAUUCAGACCACUUCCUGGUGACAGAUGGAGCGGGGGCGCUGUGGCAGGUUCCCAUCUCGCAACCAGCGACGGCUGACUCUCCCGCCCCGGGCACGAGACAGCUGGCCACUUUCCACGCCGGUGCGAUCACGGGCUUGGACACAAGUUUCCUGGAGCAGCUCGCGGCAACCUGCGGAGUUGAUGGAACGGUGCGCAUCUGGGACUUCCUCACUAAGAAGCCUCUGGAGAUGGCACGGUUCCCGCGGGCAGCGCAGUGCCUCGUGUGGGCCAACGACCACGUUGACCCCGCCGGUCAUACCGUGGCGGUGGGAUUUGCGGACGGCGUGGUGAGGGUACUGGUUCGAGAUCCCCGAGGUGAAGGAGCCAGGGGCGACGCGGCGGGGGGGUUGGGGGGCAGCUCUGAUGGCGGAAACGGCUCGCUGCGACGGGCGCAGACGCUGAAGCCGCAUGACAGCGGCGUGGCCGGUCUUGCGUACAGUCCGAACGGAAAGUUGCUGGCCACCGUUGGGAAGGAUUGCAAGCUUUUCUUCAUCAAGUCUUGCUUGACCGCAGAGUCGUUCGAGAUACACGAUAUCCCCGUCCGGUGGUACACGUUCAAGAGGCGCUCCGUGCAAUCACCGAGUGCACUCGAGCUCGAAUUGCCGGAAGAAGCGGGCGGGGAGACGGCGGCGGACGCGUUGGAGGGGAGCGUCGAGAACGAAGACGGAGAUGAAGAGGGCGACGAGGACGCAUCGAACCAGACUCUGCCGACACCCCCCGCCUUGAAGGCGGUCUAUGCCAGGGGAGGGGGAGAAAAAUUUUUGCUCGCGAUGGGGGGCUGGGCUCGAGGGGCAAUCUUUGAGUGUUCCUGGGAGGAAGAGUUUCCUGUGCGCGACUUCCCUGCGGGGUACGGGCCCUCAUCAACGGCAGCCAUCGGCGCGAAACCCCCGACCAUUACGACCAUACGCUACACUGGCCCCGCCGCCAAAGACGCCUCCUGCGGUGGUUCGAGCCGCGAGACCAGCGAGAGCGACGCUGACCUUCUUCUCUGCGGGUGCGACGACGGGGCGGUGACGGUGAGACCGGCCCUCGCGGCGGGGGUGUACGCUCGGGUUCAGGCACACGACGGGAACGCGACGGUGGCGGCGGCGGCGUGCUCGUGCGACGGCGAGUGGAUCGUCAGCGGCGACAGCGACGGGCUGUUGGCGGUGCACCGGUUGAGGAGAGAACCGUUCCAGGUGCGGAUGGCGGGGGUUCUCGCACCGUUGUGUCGAAGAUGUUGCCCUCGCGUUGUGUCCUCCGAUAGCAGUGCGCACAGCAGCUGGUUUGGGCACUUUCGAGAGUGA